AUGACGGAAAGAUACAGCUUUAGUCUAACAACUUUCAGGUAGAGUUUAAUUAUUUUAUUCUCUCUUUCCCUCUAAGACCUAAAAGAAUCUUUAGCAGUACAAACAAGAUGUUAUUUUGGCUAAUUAGUCCGUCGGGAAAUAUGAAACAAGUCACCCAGAAUCAGAUGCCACCUACCUUGCCUUCACGUAGACUGCAUUGUCUUCCAUACCGCUUUUAUUAAAAAAUUUUCAACAACUAUCAUUUCUGUUGGUGUUUAACCAACUCCCAAGUAAUUUUAGAGUGUGAAAAUUGGUGAUUCAGUAAUUUAUAGCUUCUACUGUUCCUUUUGUGAACAUCUGUGUACCAUAACCAUGGUCUAAAUAACGUUAACACGUGCACGUAAGCUUGAGCACAGUACUAGUUAACAAAUAGAGAAGUCUUGACUGUGCUCUGUUCUGUUAUAAAGCACACAAUAAGCAGCUAGGGCACGAAAGAAGUUUAGGGAGAAACACUUUACUAUGUCUUGUGUUUCUCCCCACUUCUUGAGUGGGGAGAAAAAUUUGACAAAAUGACAAAAUUUGAGAAAGAAACUAAACAUUGGUUGUACGUUUUAAUAAAAAAAAUUACAGUUAACUCAGCAAAACACAAGGAAACAGUAUGCACACAUGGUGCAUUCUGUCCACUUUCACAGGCAUGACAUGUUAACUGUCACUUCAAUUGUCCUAUUACACUGUCAAAUUACAAGCAUGAUGUGUACACUGUCCUAUUAGUACUAAAAUCAGGCUGGUGAUAACCAAUCAUGUUUGAGAAUUUUGUUAUAGUUUUGAUUAAACCAGAAAUCAAUUUAAACUUCAACAAACACACCUGGGAAAUGGCUAUUUUUAGAAUAGUUUUUAAAAUCUUUAAAUUUGCAAAAAUUUCUGUGGACUUGCAAAAUUUGCUCUAUCAAAGUCAGGGGAAGAAGACAAAAAUCUCUACGAAGUUUUGCUAGAGUGUGUUUUUAUAUUUGGUCCACAGUCCUUCUGGAAAACUUGUUCAGAUAGAAUAUGCUCUGGCAGCUGUAGCAGCAGGAGGGCCUUCUGUGGGUAUAAAAGGUCAGUUUUAGGGACAGUAAAUAGUCUUGAAUAUAGGAGAAUGUCAGGAAAUGAAAACUGUAUUCACUGUGAAUUAUUUCAUCGACAUGUCCCUUAGAACAAGCCCUCAUCAAAUAAGUGCCCCUCCUAUCAACCAGAAAUUUAACUCUGUAAUCCCUUACGCUGAUUACCAUCAAACCUCUCCUUACAAUAUCAACCCUGAAAAUAAGGGAGAUGAUUGUUCUCUAAAGAGGCUUGUGAUUGUUCAGCAAAUUCUCAAUUUCUGCACCAUAGCAAUUUCAUAGGGAAAGUAUGGAGGAUAAGUACACUGAUGUAUCUGAAGGGUAAAUUGUCAUCCCCUAUGCUCUGCCAAUAAGAUAGAAAGCUGAUCACAUUUGUUUAACCACUCAAGUGGGCAAUUGUAGUGUAAGUUUUGUACAUUUAGGUUUUGUUAGUAGCCCUAAUAUAUACUUUAAGUUUUACUUUAAAUUUUUUACUUUUUUUAAAUAUUUUUAAAAAAGCAUCAAAUGGAGUUGUCCUUGCUGCUGAAAAGAAACAGAAGUCAGUUUUAUAUGAUGACAGUACAAUCAACAAGGUUUGAUCCUAUUUGUUACAAUCAAAAACAUAGCUGACAGAUUAAAAUGGUGAACUUAUUUAUGUCCAGCAUUUGCACAUAAAAUCACAUUGUUUUUGUCAUAUAUUUUACCAAUAAGAAGAGUUGGUUAUCAAUAAGGAGGCAAGAUGCUUUUGUUAAUUUUCAUUUUCCUUUUUAAAAUUUGGGCAUUUUAUAUUGAAAAUUUUGUCAGUGUAUCUUAUGCAUAACCUAGGACUUGUUGAUUUUUUGAGGCAGGCUAUUGUAAUGCAGUAGCUUUGUGUUCAAGCCCUGCACUACUACAAGUUAGAUUUUGUGGUUACCCUGAGUUCGACAGCUUAGCUGCACUUCAUGAAAUGAUAAAUAGCCAACUGAUUUGCCUCCUUCCAGUUGGCAUUUUUUACAGCUUAACACUCUGAGUUUAAUUGAAAAUGUUCAUCCAUUGUUUGUUCAUAUUGGCCCUAAAAAAACCCCAUCAUACUAGGAAGUUAUCUGUGAAGAUUUUCUUUUACCUUUUGCUUUCAGGUGGAAAUGGUGACAAAGAGUGUUGGAAUGGUUUAUAGUGGAAUGGGCCCAGACUACAGGUUUGUUUGUGGCUUCUACUUCUAUGUUUGAUGCUUUGCCUUCCUUCUGCUAGUUCUGCUAAUCUUCUUCAGAUGAAAUGAGUUGAUUUUCUCAAGUUUGCAUAAGAAGUGAAAUAGGAAAGGUUGAAUGUCUAAUAAUUUGAUAUAUUCAGUAUUAGUCUUUGGUUGAUCUGGUCAUGAAGAACUCAUUUCCAAAUUGCUUUGGAUAUGAAAACAAUUCAAUCCACUGUGUGGCUGGUGGGAAAAAAAAAAACAAAGCUAAACAAAAACAGUUUAAAGUUUAAUAUGAGAUGAGAGCUGUGACCAUCACUCAACUUUUAUAUAGAAUUUGAUUCAAUCUAGAUUCUGUUUUCAAAUAUGUAGUGGUAAUUUUUUUUUGCCAAAAGUACUACUUUUUUUCACUCACAGAGUUCUGGUUCGACAUGCCAGGAAGAUAGCACAGCAAUACUAUCUAAUGUAUCAGGAGGAAAUACCAACUGCACAGUUGGUUCAAAAACUUGCAUCCGUGGUCCAGGAGUACACCCAGUCAGGGUAAGUACACUACCAGUAGUGCAACUAGCAGAAGAAAAUCUCUUAAAUUAGUCAAUGUUAUUUUUCAAGUUGUGCAUAUGAGAUUUAUUGCUGUCUCAUUGUUUUUGUGUCUUUUUCUAGUGGUGUUCGACCAUUCGGUGUGUCUCUUCUUGUUGCUGGGUGGGAUGAUGACAGGCCAUACUUAUUUCAAUGUGAUCCAUCGGUAAGGAAGUAAUUUGUGUUCUUUGUAAGAUGUAAGAGACACACUCUAAUAAUUUUACAUAAGGUUAUAGGAUCAAUAUCAGUAUCUGGGCAACUGCCCACCUACCCCUCCCUUAACCCAACAUUAACCUUAACUUGUUAUCAAUUGACUGUUGUUGAGUUAGGGGAGGGGUAGGUGGGCAGUUGCCCAGAUACUAAUAUUGAUCCAGGUUAUACAUGUAAGUUAAUAUGACAACCGGCCAUAAGAUGGAGUUGUGCAGUAUGAAACCAAAUUUUACAAACAGCUCACAAAGGGAGAAUACAGCUUGUAGCCUGCGGUGUUACAAAUGAUUAACAACAGUCAAUUAGGACUGACAAACUCUGUCAUGAAACUUAUCAGGCUUGUGAAGUAUAUGGUUAGUUCAUACUUUCUAUUAGAGAGUCUGCUGUUUGACUGUCUCUUUUCCUGUUAAGAAUAGUUUUUGUUACUAUCGGAAGGUUCUUGCAGUAAAAAAUUUUAACUCAGACUACCUUACAUUUUUGUUGACCUACAUGGUACCACCUUAGAUCAGUCACUUUCAUCUCACAGAUAUUAACUAAUCUCUAUGAACAAAACACUUACAAAAUUGUGUGUAUUUCAGGGAUCGUAUUUUGCCUGGAAGGCCACUGCUAUGGGCAAAAACUAUAUCAAUGGCAAAACCUUUCUUGAAAAGAGGCAAGUUCUAUAUACUGUGAUUAUCCUUUAGAUAUUCCUUGAUUAAUCAAAUCCAAAUUUCACAGUCUGUCAUGUCACUUGUUGCUUUGUUUGUUUGUUUGUUGAAUAAUACAAAUGGAAGAUGGUUAUAUAUUCAAAUCACCAAAACUAAAGUCUUGAGAUUAUAACUGGAGAGAAUUGAUGUUAACUCUUUCAGUAACUGGCAAGUGUAGAUGGCAUCCACAGAUCCAAAAGUUGGAAAAACAUGUCUUCUCAACUCUUGAUUUUAUUUUUGAGGGAUCCUUACCUGACUUUCCCAAUGUGUAAAUGACCUAUUUCGUUGUCUUAUGCUUCAAGACCUAGGUUCAUCUCUAGUUUGAUGAACUUUUCCAUUUUUGUCAUUGGUCUCUAUUUUAAGAUCUCAUUAAUAGUUAGAUGACAUCUUCACUUUGCAGGUAUAAUGAAAAUCUUGAAUUAGAAGAUGCUAUCCAUACAGCAAUCUUGACUCUCAAGGUGAGUUCACAACAACAAUUUUUUGAACAUCAUUUUCCUAAAAAUUGGAAAUUGUUAAGAAUAAUGUUUUUCUAAAAUUGUAUUUCCUGAGGUAAAAGGAGAUUGCCUUAUCCUAACAGGCUGGGAAAUAAAAUGAGAAAGUGCAAGACUACUAGGAACUACUAAAGUGCUCUCUCCUUUGUUUUUGUCUCAAUGCAGGAGAGUUUUGAAGGACAAAUGACAGAAGACAAUAUUGAGUUAGGAGUGUGUAAUGAGCAAGGCUUCCGUCGUCUCACCCCUGCAGAAGUAAAGGACUACUUGGCCUCUAUCAUAUCUUAA